GAACAUCAUGCAAUCCUCCCUUCUCAUCCUUCUCGCCAUCGUCUCUAUUACUGCUGCAUGUCCAGGCCUCUUCGGCAUGGGAGGUGGAGGUGGGUGUGGAUGUGGUGCACCGCCACCACCACCUGCCUGUGGAUGUGGUGGAAGAAAGAAGAGAUCCCUGCCAGAAAAACCAGAGUUCUUCGGAAUCGCUGCAGGAGACCAGGAUGUGAUGUGCAACACCCCGGAGCUGAAGAAGAUCAUUCUGGAGAAUACUCAAACCACCGCCGUCGACUCUUCCAAGGCCAUCAACACCGUUCUUGAGAGCCGCCAGCUUCAACGAUUUGUAGUUGUGUGCUCAGAGAACCCGUUCGUCUUCACCAUCCGUGCCGACACCGCCUACUGUGGAGCCUCAAAGAAUGGGCACAACUGUCACGCCUUUGCAAUGUGAUGCAUGCAAUUAAUUUGGUGUCUGUAUAUUUUGAACCUUGUCAGAAAUAAAUAUGAAUUUGUGC